GAUGAUCCUGACGACAGCAAGGCAGGUACACGAAAACAGAUCAGGAAGGUCAUGUCCAGCAAGAAGCUAGAAGAUGCCACCCGAGCUGCGGCCAAGGCUGAGGAGAAGAGGAGGAAACGUAUUGCUGCCAAACAGCGAGAAUUUAACAUAGAGACCAUUACAGAUGAGAAUAACCCAAUGAACGUUCAGAUCACAACCAAGCUGGUUUUGGAAGCUGGUAAGGAGGAAGGUGACGAGCCGAUUGUUGAGGUCAGCAAGAAGCUUGUCUGUAAGCUGAAGCCACAUCAGGUGGAAGGUGUUCAGUUCCUCUGGGAUUGCUUAUAUGAAAGUGUCAAGAGGGCCAAGAAAGAGGAAGGCGCUGGAUGCAUUCUGGCCCAUUGCAUGGGCUUGGGAAAAACACUUUCGGUGAUAGCCUUUGUGCACACCAUCCUGACCCAUCAGAAGAUCCUGAAGCACAGAACAUGCCUUAUAGUCAGCCCUUUGAACACUGUGCUCAACUGGAAGAAUGAGUGGAGCAUGUGGUUUGAUGAAGAGGACCGGUUGGAAGUGUGGGAGCUGGCUGGCUGCAAACAGAACGCCCUCCGCGCAAAAGCCUUGAGAGAUUGGCAGAAUAGUGGUGGUAUCAUGAUUAUUGGCUAUGAGAUGUAUCGAAACCUGACCGCGGGAAACAGAUGUAAAAACAAGAAGCAGAAGGCAGCCUUUCAGGAAACGCUGGUUGAUCCAGGGCCAGACCUGGUGAUCUGUGAUGAGGGACACAUCCUGAAAAAUGAGGCCUCUGCCAUAUCUAAAGCCAUGAACCGGAUGAGAACCAGAAGAAGAGUUGUUCUGACGGGUACCCCACUGCAGAACAACCUCACUGAAUAUCACUGCAUGUUGAGUUUUGUCAAGCCAAACCUGCUGGGUACAAGAAGGGAGUUCACCAACCGCUUUAUCAGCCCCAUCCAGAACGGACAGUGUACAGACAGCACACAGGGGGACGUUAAGCUGAUGAAGGCCAGAGCUCAUGUGCUGCAUGAGAUGCUGGCUGGAUGUGUUCAGAGGAGGGAUUAUUCGGCCUUAACAAAGUUCCUACCUCCGAAACAAGAAUAUGUCAUCUCCGUACGAUUAACCAGCAUACAGAUUGAACUGUAUGAGAAGUAUCUAGAACUCUCUGGCCAGGGAGUGGAUGGGGUUUACAACAACAAAGGAGCUCGCUUGUUUGGAGACUACCAGAAUCUGAUGAAGAUCUGGACACAUCCUUGGGUUCUGAAGCUUGCAGAGAUCAGGGAUGAAUUAAAGGCAAAGUAUGAUGAUGAUGACUCCUUUAUUGACGAUGAUGGUAAUACAGAAGACGAGAUGUCAUUCUCUAGUUCCUCUUCAUCCAGUGAGGAUGACAAAGCUGGCAGUGACAGUGGCCAGGAGGGCACGAGUUCUAAAGCAAAGAAACAGAAAGGAACCAGAAGGACUCGGGCUAAAGCAAGGAGAGAUGCAGGAGAAGACAGUGAUCCCGACGAAGUAAUUGCAGAAUGGAAGACAAAGUCUCGCAAAGAAGGGGUUGUCAAUGAUGUAGAGGAACAAGAUAAGACAAUAACCAGGGAUUGGUGGGCGGCAUAUGUCAGCGAGGAUGACCAGCACAAGCUGGAGCUCAGCAACAAGUUGUUCCUGCUCUUUGAGAUCCUCCGCAUGUGUGAGGAGAUUGGAGAUAAAGUGCUUAUCUUCAGCCAGAGUAUUUUAUCUCUGAACAUCAUCGAGAGCUUCCUGGAGGUGAUUGAUGCCAAGUUUCAACAGGAGUGUGAGAACCUUUCAGAGGAAGAUAGAGAGAAGCAGGGCCUCUUUGGCCGAAGCUGGACCAAAAAUUUAGAUUACUACAGAAUGGACGGAACCACAAGUGCCCAGAAUAGACAGAGCUGGGCCACUUCUUUCAAUGAUAUAGACAACUACAGAGCUCGGUUGUUUCUCAUCUCAACCCGUGCUGGAGGCCUGGGUAUCAACCUGGUGGCAGCUAACCGUGUGAUUAUCUUUGAUGCCUCCUGGAAUCCUUCCCACGAUGUCCAGUCAAUCUUUAGAGUCUACCGGUUUGGCCAGACAAAGCCUUGUUAUAUUUACAGAUUUUUGGCCCAGGGAACAAUGGAGGAAAAGAUCUAUGAACGACAGGUGACCAAGCUAUCACUGUCUCAGCGUGUCGUUGACGAACAUCAAAUCGAGAGACACUUUUCAGCCAAUGACCUCAAGGAACUCUACAACUUCCGACCAGACAGAUGGGAUGAUGGCACUGAGAAACCGACAUUGGCUCUGCCUAAGGACCCAUUGCUGGCUGAGAUCUUGACAAACAACAAACAGUGUGUGGUCUCUUUCCAUGAGCACGACUCCCUGCUGGAGAACCAGAUAGAGCAGACUCUGACAGAAGAGGAGAAGAAAGCAGCCUGGGAGGAAUAUGAGAAUGAGAAGAAAGGCAUUAUCGUCAGAGGACCAGGCAUGGAUGGCAAAACCUCCAGCUGGCCAAUGAUGGCAGCAGCACAGCUCUUGAGCAGGGAGCAGAUCGCUGCCACAGUGCAUGCUCUCCGAGAGCAGCUGCCGGAUGUCUCUGAGAACCUCUUCCAGCUACAUCUUCAACAAGCCCUGCGCAGGCAGGUACAGAUCAAGCAAGAGGAGUUGAAACGGGGAGGAACCAGCGGUCAAAUGGGCAUGAAUCAAGCAACACGGAUGAACUGGCCAAGCCAGACCUCAAACAACCCAAUCAGCAACAAGCCAGAGGAAGCGAUAGACCUGGAUGAUAACUAG